AUGGGCUGGCUGUCGCCGGUGAUCAUCAAGGCGAAAAUUCUCAUUCAGACGAUGUGGCUGCAGCAUUGGACUGGGAUCAGCCUGUCCCCCCGACGGAAGAGCGGACUUGGAGAACUUUUCGCGACGAGCUCCCCGUCUGGAGAGCGUGCACGUGCCUCGUUGGACACAGUGCAAGGGAUCAAACAUGACCUGGAGGUGCACGGCUUCGCAGACGCCUCCGAGCGAGCAUACGCUGCGGUGGUGUACCUCCGCACCAGAGGAGUGGAGGGCGAGCGCCGUGUUUUCUUGUUGCAGGCGAAAACCAAGGUGGCCCCUGCGCAGCCGGUCUCGCUGCCAAGGCUCGAGUUGUGCGCGGCGGCGCUUCUUGCCAAGCUGACAGCGCACGUCGUCAAGGUCAUGGACAUCGCGUCCGCUCCUCUUCACCUCUGGUCGGACUCCACAGUGACGCUGGCGUGGAUUCAGAGUCACCCGUCGCGCUGGAAAACUUAUGUGGCCAACAGGGUCGCCGACAUCCAGCGAAGGCUCCCAACGCCCAAUGGCAUCAUGUGUCCGGAGCAGAGAACCCAGCAGACUGCGCGUCACGAGGCUUGUCUCCCAGCGACCUGCCGGAUCAUGGGCUGUGGUGGAGCGGGCCGCCCUGGCUGUCUGGAGACGCCACGCUUCCUGCGAGCACGCCGCUGCCGAUGGGUGACCCGCAGGAGGAGAGGCGUCAGGUGCAUCUUGCAGCGGUCCAAUCAGCCGAGGAAUGUCCAAUGCUGCGACGAUUCUCAGUGCUGCAGCGGCUGGAGGGUAACUGCGUGGUGCUGCCGUUGGCUCGGCGAGCGGCGCGUUCCAUACACCCCGAUGUCCGCGCUGUCGCCUCAGGAACUCGAGGCGGCCCGACUUCGCUGGAUCCGUCAUGUGCAGUCCUGGGAAUUCGCGGAAGAGCGGCGAGCGCUGUCAAGGGGCGUGGCAGUCCCGCGAAGAAGCGUCCUCGCUAGGCUGGAUCCAUUCGUGGACAGGAAUGGCGUCCUCAGAGUCGGUGGUCGGCUCAAACACGCUGUUUUGAACCCGGAUGAAAGGCACCCGAUCAUCCUCCCCAGGAGGUCGCACUUCGCCGUCCUGGUGAUUCGGGAGUGCCACCGCCGAGCCAUGCACGGCGGAGUGCAGCUGACUCUGGGGUGGUCAGGCAAGGAUACUGGAUUCCGGGAGGACGCCUGGAGGUUCGACGCCACAUUCAUCGCGGCGUCACUUGCUUGCGAUGGCGGGCGGCGUCCCGAAUCCUAUGAUGGGGACACUACCACCGCCGCGGGUAACAGCAUCGCGUCCCUUCAGCCAAGGCGGGAGUCGACUAUGCGGGCCCGGUCCAGGUUCGGACAGCAGCAGGUCGAGGACACAAGCGCACAAGGCCUUUUUGGCCAUCUUGUGUGCUUUGCAACAAGGCUGUGCACAUCGAGCUGGUGUCCAGUUAUGCCACGGAUGCCUUCCUAG